GCAAGGAAGACCCCUGGGGGCGCUGUGUUGCCGCCUCCUGGUCCAGUUUCCUGUGCUGCACUCAGGGGUCAUUGCUUCUCUGGUACCCCGUCUCCUGCCGCCCCUGGCUUUCGCUCUGGGAGGCUCAAGCCAGGCGCCCGCAGGGGCUGUGUCGAGUGUGACCACUCUCCAAAGGUACUGCUGAGGAUGAAUGUGAUUUGGAGAAAUUAUAUUUGCUGCCUAAGACUAAGAAAGGUGCCACACAGAUGCCACAGUGGUUCCCACCCAGUGGCCCCUCUGGGAUCAAGAAUUUUAACUGACCCAGCCAAAGUUUUUGAGCACAAUAUGUGGGAUCACAUGCAGUGGUCUAAAGAAGAAGAAGAAGCAGCCAGAAAAAAAGUAGAAGAAAAUUCAGCUGUGCAAGUCAUUCCAGAAGAGCAAGAUAAGUAUGAAAGUGAAGCUAGUAAAUACUGGGAUGUAUUUUACAAGAUUCAUAAGAAUAAGUUUUUCAAGAAUCGUAAUUGGCUAUUAAGGGAAUUUCCUGAAAUUCUUCCAAUUGAUCUAAAAACUAAAGAGAAUGCAAGAGAAUCAUCAUGGGAUCAUAUAAAACCUAAUGCCACAAAUUGUUUCUCAAGAAUACAAGAAGAAAAAAAACAUUUUAAGAAAAGUUCUGGCUCAUCAGAUGGCCCAAGCAAAGCAGGAUUUGAUUUUUCCAACCUAGACCCUAAAAAACUUGGAAAAGGACCCCUGAAGACUGAAUUGUUUCCUGGUAGCAGGGCCAAUUUCAGAAUACUAGAGGUUGGCUGUGGUGCUGGAAAUAGUGUUUUUCCAAUACUGAACACCUUGCAGAACACCCCAGAAUCCUUUCUUUAUUGUUGUGAUUUUGCCUCUGGAGCUGUAGAGCUUGUAAAGUCACACUCAUCCUACAGAGCAGCCCAGUGUUCUGCCUUUGUUCAUGAUGUGUGCAAUGAUGGCUUACCCUACCCUUUUCCAGAUGGGAUCCUGGAUGUCAUUCUCCUUGUCUUUGUGCUCUCUUCUAUUCAUCCUGACAGGAUGCAAGGUGUUGUGAACCGGCUGUCGAAGUUACUGAAGCCUGGGGGAAUGCUGUUAUUUCGAGACUAUGGGAGAUACGAUAAUACCCAGCUUCGUUUUAAAAAGGGGCAUUGUUUAUCUGAAAAUUUUUAUGUUCGAGGAGAUGGUACCAGAGCAUAUUUCUUUACAAAAGGGGAAGUCCACCGUUUGUUCUGCAAGGCUGGGCUAGAUGAAAAGCAAAAUCUGGUUGAUCGUCGCUUACAAGUUAAUAGGAAAAAACAAGUGAAAAUGCACCGAGUGUGGGUUCAAGGAAAAUUCCAAAAACCAUUGCACCCAAGUCAGAAUAACUCCAAAUUGAUAUUUUCAUUCUUUUCUCACGACUGAACUAUGUACCAUGAUGAAGUACAAAGCCAGAAGACUACACUAUCCAAAGGCUCCUGCAAAUCUUUCAUUUCUCAAAAAACAAUAAGAAGAAGAGAAUUUGUUUCCUUCUGUCUUAUCAUGGGUGGGCUCUUCGUGCAUUUGAAGCACAUUUAAGUAAUUUGGAAGAGUGUACCACUUUCUGUGUUUUCAAAACUUGAUACCCAAGCUUGUUUGGGUUUAUUACAUCUAACAAUUUUGCUUUUCCCUGAGUUUUUAAAACAUUCAAUUAAAUUACUAAAAUAAAUCAGAUGAUUUUGAGAAACCAUAACCUGCCAUUUUUUAAGAAGCAGAAAAAUCAUCUUCUAUAUUUAUAUAUAUAGGCUUAGUAAAGCAUUUUUCCCAGUCAAGCCCUCCUCCGUUGUCAUCUCGUGGCAGAUAGGUAGUAUGUCAUGUUUAUAGGGAAAGCUACAAGCCCAAGAUCAAGAUAUAUUAUUAUUUUUCCCCCAAAGCUUUCUUUGUUUGUAUGUUCGGUUUGGUUUGGUAUUUUUGUUUUUUGAUUCAAAAACUAUUAUGUCUGAAGUGCAAUUUUAGUUUCUCUUUCUUUUCUAAAAUUGGGAAAGUAUGGCCAAGCUAACAUUACUUUUAGGCUAUUCUUAGAUGUACAAGUUGUUGUAGACUCUCUUUAGGACAACUGUCAUAACCAAGAAAAUUCCUAUAGCAAUUAAAGAUUUAUUUACUCCACUGC